AUGUCUUCAACUGUGGUCUUGAUCAGUGGUGCCAAUAGAGGGAUCGGCAAAGCCCUGCUUGAGCGAUAUCUGGUGAGACCAAAUUAUAUUGUUGUUGCAGCCAAUCGCAACCCCGAACAUAUCUCCUCAAAAGACCUUACCAAGCUUCCAAAGCAUUCGGAUAGUCAACUCAUUGUCGUCAAAGUUGAUGGUACAAGUGAGCAUGACUCCGCGAAUGCGGUAAAGGAACUCGAGAAGGAAGGAAUAAAGUAUAUCGACCUUGUCAUCGCUAAUGCUGGUGUUGCUUCAUCAUUUGGAAAAGUCUCUGAGAUAAGCAUUAUUGAUGUCAAAGCCACUUUUGAGCCCAAUGUUUAUGGUGUUGUGCGCCUGUAUCAAGCUGUGCUGCCCCUACUGCUGAGAUCCAAAGCCCCGAGAUGGGCCACUGUAGGUUCAGUGGCUGGAAGUAUCGAGUAA